UUUCAUCUUCUCUGCACUUUAACUGUGAUCCCGGCAGUGUGCACUUUACUGUACGCCUCUUCGACAACAACUGGGAGAUCUAAAAAUAAUAUAUAUAUAGAUAAGGGAUCAUGCCAGUGAAUGUUGUGCUGGAUGGACCGCCCCCCUGGGGUUUCCGCCUGACAGGAGGAAAGGACUUCAACCAGCCCCUGACCAUCUCCAGGAUCACUCCUGGCAGUAAGGCGUCUACUGCCGACUUGUGUCCUGGUGAUGUCAUCCUGGCCAUAGAGGGGGUCCCCGCUGCCAACAUGCUGCACUGUGAAGCCCAAAGCAAGAUUAAAGAAGCCACCAGUCAGCUCGGUCUGACUGUUGAAAGGAAUGAAUCCAGACUAUGGUCUCCUCGUGUGAUGGAGGAAGGGAGAGCUCAUCCAUUUAAAAUAAACCUGGAAGCAGAGCAGCAGGAGCAUAAACCGAUUGGCACAGCACACAACCGGAGAGCUCAGCCGUUUGUCGCAGCCGCAAACAUCGAUGACAAGCGCCAGGUGGUCAGCACGUCCUACAACACUCCCAUAGGCCUCUACUCCUCUGGCAACAUCCAGGACGCCAUGGAGGGUCAGAUGCGAGGCCUGGUUCACCCCAAGUCUGACAGUCCCAGGACUCUGAGCAGCAUCGAGGAUUCUGAUGUGUACCGGAUGUUGCAGAAAGAAGAAGCAGAGCCCCAGGAACCUCGGCAGUCUGGUUCCUUUAAAGCCCUGCAGGAGUUUAUCGACAGUGAUGGCACUCGGCCCAUUGUGACUCGGACCGUGAAGGCCCCCACAACCAAAGCUGCUCCGCCUACAGGAAACCUGCAGAAACUGCCCAUCUGCGACAAGUGUGGGAACGGGAUUGUCGGGACGGUGGUGAAAGCUCGGGACACGUACCAUCAUCCCGGCUGCUUUGUGUGCUCCGACUGCGACGUCAACCUGAAACAGAUGGGUUACUUCUUCGUGGAAGGGCAGCUGUACUGCGAGAUUCAUGCUCGAGCCAGAAUGAGACCACCGGAGGGCCACGACCUCAUCACCACCUUUCCCUCUGCAUAAAUCCGUCCUUCAUGGGCACAGGCACCAACACUUUGGUUGACCCUCUCAGGUUCUACAUCUGUGUUUUAUGAGUUUAUCUGCACGCUGAUGGGCAGAAUAAUCUUAACAGUGCGCCGCACAGCAGCGUGUGUUCACAUGAUCGCCUUUCACAACAAAUAACUGAGCAUUCUGGUUAUUUAAAGAGGAAUCCAGUUACAUUUAGGAUGUGAUAUUGUACUGUAAUUAGAUUUAAAAUAAACACAUCUAAAUUAAAGAGUUUUAACAAAUGCU